AAAGUGGCCGUAGGAUUUGGCAGUUGUAUAGAUGUCAUCGUACCUGCUUUAGAAGUUUUAAGGCUUUUGAAUGUAACGGCGCCUAAAGUUUCUCAACACCAUCACGCCAUUCAUGACCUGCAACAAUUUACAGAUGCCUUUGCCUACUUUUUCAGUCAUGGAGCUGCUGCUGAGCAUUAUGUGACAGAUGACAAGUUUUUCAAAUCAUUAGUCGACGCUGCCUUGGAAACAAAAUCAGCAAGGCAGGUUGUUGGCGGCAAUGCUCCAGUUAUGCUGAAUAAUUUCAAGAAGUUGGGCUUUCAAGUGCUCUUAGGUGCUCAGAUGACUGAAAAAUUACGGAAAAUGAUUGGCGAUGAUAUACUGGUUGCUGGAAGUAAUGUGGAACGUGAUGACAUCCAUCUAAUUUUAGAAUACGGCAAAGGAGAAACAUGGGGAAACUUUGAAUCACCAAGGGCUAACAGAUUCAUCAUACAUAAUGACCACAACAAUCCUAUGCUGAAGUCACUGGAAGAGUUUUCAGUGAGUCUGAAGACGUUUAAGCCACAUUUGGUUGUUGUUGGCGGCUUGCAAAUGCUUGACAACUUCCCCUUUAAAACUGGUGAAAGACGAGCAAGAUUGAAUGAACUUGCGAAAUUGCUGGGCGAACUCGAUGCUGACACACACAUCCACUUUGAAAUGGCUCAUUUUACAGAUGCUGACUGUCUCAAGGAUAUCUUGGAUACUGUUGCUUAUCACUGUGAUUCUUUUGGCAUGAAUGAGCAAGAGCUGCCGAAUUUGUUAGGUUUAUUAGAAGAUGAUAUGCUCACUCCCUCAUCUGAUCCGAGUCCUCGCAUUGCCACCACUCUCGAUCAGAUGAGACUUCUUUUCAAGCUACUCAAGACAAGGGCCUUUGAAAUCGACGAAAAGAUUUUGAAGCACGAGAAACUAGAUGACAGCAAUAAAGAUGACAUUGAAAAAGCAGAAGAAAGUAAUUCUAAUGACGUUGAUGACGGAUACAAAAAACAGCCGUUACGAAAACACAAAAUAACUCGUCUCCACGUGCACACACUGGCAUUUCAAGUCAUCAUGACAGAGAACAGCUCGCCGUGGAAGAACAGCAUGCAGGCUGCGGCCAGGGCGGCUCUCACAGCCAACAGACACACCUGUGGCUCACAUCAGAUAAAUUUGGAAGCAUCAAAAAUCUUGAUGGAUGAUUCCUUCUCACUGACGAGAAGAGAGAGUGGUCCAAGGUUGCAGGUUGAUUCAUCGGAGCCAGUGACGUGUUGGUACGAAGAUGAUACGGACUUUAAAGUUUGCUUAGCUCCUGUGAUUGUUUGCACUAAAGUCGUUCAGACUGUUGGAGGGGGUGACAACAUAUCAUCUUCUGGACUCGUCUUGCAGAUU